AUGGUAAAGGUUAGAACGCCAGGACGCGAAGCUUUUCGUAACUCAACAGAGAACCCUACGCCGGUCUUGAGUAAACACGAUAAUGAGAAUUUAUCAUCAUACAAAGUUACAACACCCACAAAAAAAAAAAAAAGUAUAUUGAAGAAAUAUGAAACUCCAAAGCGUAAUAAGCCAAAAUAUGCAACUCCUGAAACUCCAUUAAAAAGUCACAAUGUAACUCCUGAAACCCCACUUAAAAGUCGUCAAGCGAAUGAGGUCAUCGAAGACGAUGAAGAUGACGAUCUUUUAUCAAAAGCAGAUUUUAGUUGUAUUCAAGAAAUAUGUAUUCAAGAAGAAGAAAGGUCUGAGAAUUUGCGUCGAAGCAAGCGUUCUCGACGCGUUGUAUCCCAAGAAGGAUUUGUUCCAACGGUUGACGUUGUUCCAAUGAAAGGCGAUAUUCCGUUGGUGGACGCGUCAUCAUUACAUAUAAAAAAUACAAAAGUUAAUGGUACUGUGAAACAAUCCUAUCAAAAUUCUUUAUCCUCACUUCUUCGAGAAAAAAAGUUACGAGAAAAAGUAGGUUAUAAUAUUAAUGCUAUGGAAAAAAUACUUAUGAACGAUAUGUUAGAUGAAAUGGAAGACCCUUAUGAUAGUUAUGAUCGAUUGGAAAUAUCUGCUUCGAUCUUGAAUGAAGAUAUAAAGUGUGAUCAGUUGCAGCAGAUAUUCGAAGAAGAUUAUGAACAUGAUCAAAAUUAUCAAAUAGAGUUCUUCGAAACCUUGCAUUCGAAUCCACAAAUUUCUAAUUUGCAAUCAUGUAUUCCCGCGAUUGAUGAUUUGACAUUUGAUUUAUUAUUAAGAGUAUCCUCUGACAAGAAAAAGCUCAAAGAUAUUCUUUGUAGCGAUUGGAUUGCUCAUCGAUGUGAAAUUGGCUGGCAGUUACCUAUUGAGAUUAUGAUUUGGCUUCUUCAUUUAGUAAGCUAUGAGGAAGACGAAAUAAUUUCAGAAGCAUCUUUUAAUACAUUAAAAAAUAUUGCAGAAAUUAAAAAAAAUUUUAAUGUCAGCCUAAACGAUGAAGUUGAAAAUGCAUGUGUUCCUUUUUUGGAGGUAUAUAAUAUAUUAGCCACGUUGGGUGCGUCAACACAUAUGAUCAGUUUACGGUGUUGCUUGGAGAAUAAUACUAGGCAGAGUUCUAUAUGCGAGGUUCCCUCUGAAUUCCAUUACUUCGACAAUAUAAGGCUGUUAUUGAAAACGCUUGUGCCUAUGAUUGACAGCAGGCUAUUCACCUUUUCGAACUCUGAAGAAAUAAGGAAAUCUAUCAUUGUACUUCUUCGAUUGCCCUUGGAUAAACGACUAAUGUCGUUAUCCAACGAAGUAGAGCAAGUUGUAAUUUCGCUUCUAGCUAUGUUCCAAGAAGACCAAUGGAUGGAACAAGCCAAGCUUAUAUGUAACGAAAUUGAAUUUUCAUGCGGCUCUAUAACUCAGUUCAAAGUGGCCAUAAUAGAAAAUUUACCAAUUACUAAUCGCGGACGCUUAUUAAAACAUUUCUUGGCUGUUCGAUUCUUAAUUGGUUGUGCGUCACCAUUGCCUCAGCAAAUGGACAUAAUUAACGUAAUGCAACCUGGGAUCUUGAACACUCUUCUGUAUCUUUUCCAAGAUCAUUCAACUAUUUUUAAAAUUAAAGAUGACACAAAUUACAAUGAAUUAUAUCACCAUAUUUUGCUGCUUAGUUAUGCUUUAGAUGACGAAGCCUUGUUGAGAAAAGCUAAGGAAACAGUUGAAGAAAUUAUCAAAAUGUUAAAAAUAUUACAUGGGAAAAUAGUGGACAUGCGAGCUGCUUUUAUGGAUCGAACAAAGACCAAAGAUCUAAUUCAAAGACUUUACGUACGACUUUAUUACAUAUCCAGUCGUCAAGGCGAGAAGACCCAAUCUAGUUUAUUAGUCUAUUCGCCAAAAAAAACACAAAAAACAUCGGGUAUGUAUUUGGACCAUGAGGAAAACUGA